AUGUUGCUCUCCAAGCGUAUGACAAGCCAAGUCAGCCGUGUCGCGAUCAAUCGAGGGUUCUCCAUCGGAUCUCCUCUUAUGACAGCCACCAGAAGAAGACGAGUACAAGACGAGAUUCACCGACCAUCGCUCUCGGGCUCCUCAGUCGGCCACCUGUUCUCCGAGAUCAAUGCCAUGAGGCCCGGCAUGGAAGCACUAAGAGCGGAAGGCAUGACCGAAGACCAACGAACCUAUGCUCGCAAGACUGCAACAUGGUUGAUGGGAGUUCCUGUUGUUCUGGGCGCAUUGAUCGUGGGCGGGAAUUGGAUCUCGAAAGACAGAGAGAGUAGUACGGAAUCCAAGGAAUGA